AACUUAACAUACAUUGUGAAUCCCAACUUCACUUCCUCUUUCUCACAAGUCACACACAAAUCUAACAAAUUUUAAUAUGAAGAUAUCCAUGAACAUGAUGAUGAUCAUGUUUACUUGUUUAUCAGUGUAUGCACUCUUGUUUAGUGUUGUUGUUCAUGCACAAGAUUAUGAUGAUGCGGCUGGGCCAGCGGCCGCAGCGACGAAGGAGACGGUGCCGGCUAUGUUUGUGUUUGGAGACUCGCUUAUUGACAAUGGAAACAACAAUGACUUGGCUUCUUUGGCUAAAGCAAAUUAUUUUCCUUAUGGUAUUGACUUUAAUGGAGGUCCUACUGGUAGAUUCUCUAAUGGUUACACUAUGGUUGAUGAAAUUGCGGAAUUACUGGGAUUGCCUCUAAUACCAGCCUAUUCACAAGCAUCAACUUCGGCAGAUCAAAUGCUGCAUGGUGUUAAUUUUGCUUCUGCUGCUGCUGGAAUUCUUGAUAAUACUGGCGGAAAUUUUGUGGGUCGAAUUCCAUUCAAUCAACAGAUAAAUAACUUCAAAAACAGUUUGGAUCAAAUAAGUGACGCAUUGGGUGCAGCUGAUCUUGCUCAAGCACUCUCCAGGUGCAUUUUCUUUGUGGGAAUGGGAAGCAAUGACUACCUAAACAACUACCUCAUGCCCAAUUACCCGACUCGCAACCAGUAUGAUGGUAACCAAUACGCUGAUCUGUUGUCCCAAGAAUACACUACUCAGCUAACAAAACUUUACAAUCUUGGAGCCCGGAAGUUUGUUCUAGCUGGGAUCGGGCUGAUGGGUUGUAUCCCAAGCAUCUUAGCACAAAGCACAACAGGAAGUUGUUCGGAUGAUGUGAACCAGCUUGUUCUACCUUUCAAUGCCAACAUGAAGACCAUGAUCAAUAGCCUAAGCACCAGUCUUCCGGAUUCUAAAUUCGUUUUUGUCGAUGCUCAUAACAUGUUUCAAGAUAUCCUCGCAAACGCGGGGUCUUAUGGUUUUAGUGUGGUGAAUAGGGGGUGUUGCGGAAUAGGGAGAAAUAGAGGGCAGAUAACAUGUUUACCAUUCCAAACGCCAUGUCCGAACAGGAACGAGUAUGUAUUUUGGGAUGCAUUCCAUCCAACAGAAGCAGUGAAUGUGUUGAUGGCAAAGAAGGCUUUCAGUGGUACUCCUGAUGUUGUUUAUCCCAUCAACAUUCAACAACUAGCAAACCUUUGAUGUUCAACACUUCACCCUGCUAUGAAGAAAUCUCUGUUUCUUUGUUGUUUUUGUCCCAUGGAUAUGAUCUUUAGGAUAUCAUCAGACGCGUUUGUAUUUCUUCGUUUUUAGUUCAAGUUGUUAACAUUUUACAGUC